GAGAGAGACAUAAAGCUGAGAUGUCUUCUCUCUGCCUUCCUUAGUGUGUAUGUGGAACAUGCUAUUUUAAAUUCACGUGGAGUGUCGAUGACAAGAGGAAAGAUUUUAGUGCCUCACUGUUAAGUGUUUUCGGCCCUAUGGCGGCUAUAAGGGAGAGACGCCGGCCACGCUAAUCUGUCCAGACCACGUCAAGGGCUUUUUGCUGAGUUUGGAAGGAGAGGCCCAAGGGGCAUCAAUGGAGGGUCCAAGCGCUGCCACCCCGUCUGGGGAGGGUCAGCAGGAGCAGCUCAUCAAGCCCACAGUCGCCCAGAGCCUUGAAGAGGCCAGCGGCCCCAGCUCCUGGCAAACAGACAGCCUGGCUUCGUCAUGGGCCACGGUGGGCACGCUGGAUCCGGAUGAGGCCAAAAGCCUUGAGGCCAGCGAGUCUCUGCUUCUGUCUGAGGAGCGCAGCGAGAACCACUCCUCCAUCUCGGACAUUGUCCACCUGGAGCGGGAGGAGGCAGAGCUCCUGGAGGAGGCCGAGCGGCAGGAGGAGGCCCGCUCUUUGAGGGACGUGGAGGAGGAGGAGGAGGUGGCGGCCGAGGGGGUGGAGGAGCUCCAGAGUAGCAUGAUGAGCGUGCUGGGCACCGAGAAGGAGCUGGCUGAGCUGAGGGUGGAACAGGAGGUCCAGGCGCUGCGUGGGGAUGCCCCCGAGCUGAAGGCACCAAAGACUAUGGAGCUGCUCAUGUCCGUGGAGGAGCCUGAGCUCCAGGAGGAGCCGGAGGAAGUCGUCUGGCCUCUUCUCUGUACGACGCCCCCACCCGCGAUCCCAAAACCACCAACGUCCGUUCCUUUCCCUGUCCCCACCGUGUCACCACCGGUCCUUGUAGAUCCAGAAUUCCAACCACUCAAAGAGGUACCUCCAUUACAGCCUAGGCUAGAGCAACAGCCACCAAGAAAAGCACACAAGGUGCCCCUGGUGGAGACACAGAAAGAGCCCCUGGCAAAGCCUGCUGCCGCUCCUCUGGCUGUGGAGGAGUCCUUUGACAUCGCGACCAAGGAGGUUCCUGUGACACAAGAACCUGAGCCAGCUGUACCUCCCUCUUCUACCUUUGAGCUCUCCUCACUCCUCUACGGCAGCGCCGCCCUGGUGGCUGUAAUGGGAAUGGUGGCUUAUGGUGCCCUAGCACUCAGUCGGAAGUAGUCGAUAUUUCCCCACCCCACACUCCUUCAACUUAAAAAUGGACAUCAAUAGUUUUUUUUGUGAGACUGUAGAUUUUCAACAAGAUAUGUGAAAUGGUAUUACACUUAAAAGUAAAACAAAAAAUGAUCUGUGUGUUUAAUUUUUCAUCUGAAUUUCAAUGAAAUGUGGUGAAAAAAGAUAAACAGUUAUAAAUUCA